AUGACUUCGUUCGAGAUGCAACGGACAUCAUCUCAGCCAGACGAAGAGAUUGACGACGGCCCGGCCACCAAGGCCGACAUCGACCUCGUCGAAAGUGCCUGCGAUGGCGGCGCUGCCACCUACUCUGAAUCAGUGGCUGCUCAUCUCCCAAAGGUCCACCGGGACUACCUGUUGGAACGGCAUGGAACACUAGACCUCGAUCCUAUCCCCGGAAUGGACCCGAAUGAUCCUUACAACUGGCCCGAAUGGAAGAAAAUGACCAAUCUCAUCCUUGUGGCAUUCCACGCUUGCAUGGGUACCUUUACUGCUGCUUGUAUCAUCCCUGCAUAUGCCAAUAUCGCCGAAGAAUUGGGGAUCGGCAUGCAACAGGUUAGCUACUUGACCUCGAUCCAGAUUGCCAUCAUUGGAGGUGCUCCUCUGUUCUGGAAGCCAUUGUCCAACCGCUACGGCCGCCGGCCAAUUUUCCUUUUGUCUCUGAUUUGCAGUCUGGUGUGCAAUAUUGGCUGUGCCAAGAGCACCACCUUUGCAUCGGUAGCGGCCUGUCGGGCUUUGGUUGCGUUUUUCAUUUCCCCUGCAUCUGCCAUUGGCAGUGCUGUGGUCAUGGAGACCACUUUCAAGAAGGAUCGUGGCCGUUACAUGGGUGUCUGGACCCUGAUGAUUACCCUGGGGGUGCCCAUCGGGCCUUUCCUCUUCGGCUUUGUUACCUACCGGGCCGGCUAUCACUGGAUCUACUGGAUCCUAGCCAUAAUCAAUGGAGUUCAGUUCAUCCUGUACCUGUUCCUCGGCCCCGAAACCCGCUACGUUGGCAGUAAAGUGGACCGUCUGGAAUCCAGCUUGAAGACCCAGUAUCUGAGUAUUCGACGUAUUGAUCCCACACCACUGAGCUGGUACGAGUUCGUGCGACCUCUGACCAUGGUCCGGCAUCCAUCCAUUGUGAUCCCUGCAUGCGCAUACGCAAUGGUUUUCCUGUUUGGUAGUAUCCUAGCGACUGUUGAGGUGCCACAGCUGCUGCAACUGAAGUUUGGACUGAACGCCGAGCAGCUGGGUCUGCAGUUCCUGGGUGUGAUCAUCGGCUCCGUGAUUGGCGAACAGAUGGGUGGUAUCCUGUCCGAUGUAUGGAUGAGCCGCCGUGCGCGCCGGAUCGAUCGCAAGCCAGAACCCGAGUUCCGGCUGUGGCUAAGCUACAUUGGCUUCGCACUGACCAUCAUCGGCGCCAUUGUCUUCCUGGUCUGCACGCAGACUUCGCCUGCAGGUCACUGGAGUGUCGCCCCCAUAAUUGGUACGGCCAUUGGCGCCGUUGGUAACCAGCUCGUCACGACCGUGAUGAUAACCUAUGCUGUUGAUUGCUAUCCGCAGGAGGCUGCUAGCAUUGGCGUGUUCAUCACCUUUGUGCGACAGAUUUGGGGUUUCAUCGGCCCAUUCUGGUUCGCACCUAUGUUUGAGACUGUUGGUAUUGCGCCCAGCGCUGGCGUGGCAUCUGCUCUCGUCGUCGUCGCCAGUGUUAUUCCGACCAUCUUUCUGCACUGGCGCGGCAAGAUUUGGCGUCGGAAUGAAGGAGAGUGA